AACAUUUGAUGCUAGGGAACAGUGGCCAGACUGUGCCGACAUAAUCGGAACAAUCAGAGAUCAAGCUGCUUGUGGUUCUUGUUGGGCUUUUGGAGCCGUCGAAGCGAUGAGCGACAGAAUCUGCAUUCAUUCCGACGCAAAAGUUAAAGUACUCAUCUCAGCUGAAGACUUGAUGGACUGUUGUACACAGUGUGGAGGUUGCAAUGGUGGUUGGACAUAUGACGCAUGGGAGUACUGGGGAAAGACGGGAAUAGUUACGGGAGGAUUAUAUGGUACUAAAGACAGUUGUAAACCAUAUUCCAUUGCUCCCUGCGAACACUACAUGGAGGGUGAACUUCCUACAUGUGGUCCCUAUCAAAAAACUCCUGAAUGCAAAACCGUCUGCGACGAACGAGUAGAUAUAGUUUACAAUGAAGAUUUAAGAACUGGGAGCGUAUACUUAAUAGCAAUGGACGAUGUAGAACAAAUUCAAAUUGAAAUUCUGACCAAUGGACCGGUUGAAGCGGAUUACGACGUCUAUGAAGAUUUCUUUAGUUACAGUUCGGGUGUAUAUCAACAUAUAGACGGUGAUUACGUGGGUGGACAUGCUAUUAAAAUCAUAGGUUGGGGCGUAGAAGAUGGUACAGAUUACUGGUUGGUUGUGAACUCCUGGAAUGCGGAAUGGGGAGACAACGGUUACUUCAAAAUAAAGCGUGGUACAAGUGAAUGUGGAAUUGAGUAUGAUGUUGUAGCGGGGUUACCAAAUUUGUAAGAUAAUUAUAGUGCUGAUGGAAUUAAUAAAGUAUAUAUAAAAGCAA